UUAGAGAAAGUAAAACUAACAUAUUUUUACCAACAGGCAAAAGCUACAAGCGCAGAACCGGAGCUAGGGUUUUACAGUCGUCAAUGGAACUUCGCAUCGGGAGAAAGUACCGUCUCGGACGUAAAAUAGGAAGCGGCUCGUUCGGAGAGAUAUACAUCGGAACCGAUACACAGACCAACGAAGAGGUCGCUAUAAAGCUAGAAAGCGUGAAGGCUCCUCAUCCACAGCUGGCCUACGAGUCCAGGAUAUACAGGAUUCUACACCUACAACAAGGUGGUGGUGGGAUGAUUCCAAACAUGAGAUGGUACGGUGUCGAAAAUGACCAGUACAACGUUCUAGUGAUGGAUCUGCUCGGUCCUAGCCUCGAAGAUCUGUUCAGUCACUGCGGGAAGAGAUUCACCUUGAAGACGGUUCUCAUGCUAGCCGAUCAAAUGAUAAACCGUCUCGAGUUCUUGCAUUCCAAGUUGUAUCUUCACCGCGAUUUGAAGCCUGGGAACUUUCUCAUGGGUUUGCCUAGACGUGCUGAUCAGGUCUACAUCAUAGACUUUGGCUUGGCUAAGAAGUAUAGAGACGGUUCAACGCGUAGGCAUAUACCGUACAGGGAGAAUAAAAGUUUUACUGGGACUCCGAGUUAUGUGAGCGUGAAUACUCAUUUAGGGAUCGAGCAGAGUAGGAGAGAUGAUAUGGAGUCGCUUGGUUAUGUACUUAUGUACUUCCUUAGGGGAAGUCUCCCGUGGCAGGGACUUAAACGCGAAAAGAUUUUCGCGAAGAAGGCUUCUACUUCCACUGAAGAGUUGUGCAUUGGUCAUCCGACCGAGUUUGCAUCAUACUUUCAUCAUUGCCGCUCGCUUAGGUUUGAAGAUAGGCCAGAUUAUGCGUACUUGAAGAGACUAUUGCGAGAACUUUUUAUUCGUCGAGGCUUUCAGUUUGAUUACGUCUUUGACUGGACGGGAUCAUCAUCAUCAUCAUCAUCAAGACGACUUGUGGUGGGGUCAAGUAGUUGUGAACCAUUCAGUGGUGUGAUCAAUGGUAUUGAUGUUUUGCGGAUCAAUGAAGGAGGAACCUAAAGGAAAAGUCUUCUUAGACUGAUUCAUACCACGAAAGCUUUAAGACAAAACGGGUAAUCCACUAAUGUUGCUUGUCUCAUCUCAAUUUUUUUGAGGGAUUUCAAAGGUUGGAGGUUAACGUUGUCUAUGGUUCUAUAGAUUAAACGAAAAGGGAUAUGUUACAGCUGAAUAAAGAGAAAAAGAUCUUAACAUUAUGUUAUAAACAUCUAAGCAAUGAUGUGGGCCAUGGAAUAUUAUUUAUCACCAUUAUCCCAUGACUCUCUUGAGAUGAUGUGGUGGUUAUUCACAUCGGCGUCAGUUUCUUCUCCGGCUAUCUUCGCAGCCUUCAUAGUGCUCAGUGCUCCGGCCACAACUAGCUCCUCUUUCGGUCUAAUAGUCGUAGCCACGACCGUUGUUACCACACGCAGUAAGAGAGAUAAAGUCUUAGUCAUCUUCAUGGCUUUUAUGUAUUGACCUGUGACUCUGUGAGUCUGUGACAUAUUGUUGAUUACCUUCACUACAUGAAAUAGUCAUCCAAAAAUGGUAAUGCCUAUUGCGCAUUAUACUUUUGUUUUCUUCUUUAUUAAUGUCAACAUCAUUCAGGUGGUGCGAUGCACCAACUUUACCACCAAGACAUGAUUGAUGAAGUUAAAGAUAUGAUGGUUCUACUUAUAUCUAAUCUAAUGGAGCUUAUAAAGAUAUUUUCGAAGAUUU